AUGUCGGACUCCCCAAUUUUCACGAGAAAUAUUUUGGAAAUGUUGCAGACCUCGAGACGGCAUCCGCGGCAGUCUUCAAGAUGUGCAUGGAAGGCGACAGUCACCCACUUUUUUGAAGGGUGGAGUGGAUGGCCCAAAGAUGAAAAUCAGGGUGACAUCUUGAGCUGGUUCGCGGAAAUCAGUGAGAAGCUGGCAGCAUUCGCAGAGGACUACAAGUCCACACCAACACGUCAACGAAGGCCAUUAGCACAGCUCAAAAAGUCGAUUGAUGGUUCCAUAGCGGAGCGCAAGAUUGCUGUCGGAUUCGUGAACGAUCCCCAGGCUACAAAAGACUCGAAAUGCUCUGCCUUCUAA